AUGGUUUUGUCUCCGAGCCCGCGCGCCCUACCCCGCCGGACGGUCCCUGAGUCUGCCCUUUUGCUGGGCCGCAGGCCCACCGCUGGCGGAACAGAGUUCUCGGAGCUGAUCCGCACUAAACGGGCCCAAGCUGAGCUCUUGCGGGGCCCAGAGGCGCCCCCACUGCGCGACACGCUUUGCGUCACCGGCCACCACCCGCUGCUCUCUCCAGAGCCCCAGGCGACUCCAGACCUGUGGUGGCUGCUGCUGUUGCGUAGCGUCGACUAUUUCGAGAAACGGGUCGCGGGUGACUCUGGUGCCAUCACACUACGCUGUAAGGACCUGCACGAGCUACACCUGGACAUAGAGGGUGCGAAAGGGACGCUGGACACAGCCCGCCCCAUCGAGGCGCUGUCCUCCCUGGAAUCGGUCAUCACCUCCGAUCCCUUCUUCUACCGUCCCAAGGGCUUGAGAUUGGGCGACGCCUGGCACCUCCACCCUCCCGAAUGCUACUACAAGAGAGUAGUUCUCGGGACCAACGCGUGGCGGCUGAGUCAGGUGAACGAGGACUUCAGCUUGUGCCCUAGUUACCCCGGCGUGGUGAUCGUGCCUCGUGCAGUGGACGAGGCCGCCCUGGCACGCAGCGCCCGCUUCCGCCAGGGAGGCCGCUUCCCUGGGCUCAGCUACCACCAAGCUCCCCGCGGAACCGCACUGCUACGUCCUAGCCAGCCUCUGAUGGGGCCGCAGAAGCGGCGCUGCGCUGAGGAUGAGGAACUGCUGUGAGCUGUGCAGGCGGGGGCUCGCCCUGGGACCCCGGGCUUCAUCGUGGAUACUCGCUCGGCCCAGACCGCCAAACAGGCCUCCUUGACCGGCGGCGGCACGGAAUCCAGGGCCGCCUACCCUGGCUGGAAACAGCAGCACCGGCCCCUGGAGAGGUAACGGGGGGGGUGGCCCCUGCAGGAAAGCUUUGUGUGCUUGGGAGAGGCCUGUGGGGACCUGGAGCAGAGCAUGGACCGCGGGCUUAGUCGACUCGCAGGCUGCUGCUGGCUGGGUGGACAUGUCAAGGAGGCACUGAGCACUGCCUGCCUAGCAGCCCAGGGAAUGGUAAGGGAAGGGGCCUGCAUUCUGGUACAUGGAGAUGAAGGCAGGGCGCUGUCUUCCAAACUCAUCCUGGACCUGAGCAGAACCGUGGCUGGAUUCCGGGAACUGGUGGAGCAGGAGGGGAUCCAGGCCGGCCACCCCUUCCAGCUGUGCUGUGCCCACUUGGACUUCUCCCACGCCUGCCCUAAGCACGAGGCACCCACCCUUCUCUUCCGGGACUGUGUGUGGCAGCUGAACCACCAAUUCCCGCUGUCGCUGGAGUUUGGGGAGGGGCUGCUGUUGGCACUGUUUGAGCACUUCUGUGCCUCCCCUUGUGGCACCUUCCUCUGCAAAGUGAAAAGGUCCACAUGCCUGUGUGAAGAAAGAACUGAAACGCACUCCUUGUGGUCUGAGUUCAACCAGUCAAAAGAGCAGCAAAAACUCAGGAACCUGCUCUGUCCUCAGUCCUUGGCUAUCUGGCCCUCUGUGGGCCCCAGAGCCUGCCACUGUGGCAAGGCCUGUUUUUUGCACUGGACCCGUCCACCUGAGCGUUCAAAGGUAGUACGGGAGGUGUCGCAAAUAGUGACAGAAAAGAAGACAGAAGACUCUUAGCCAACGGUUUCAGCUUCUGAGCCCCAGUCCUAA